AUGUCAUACUAUAAUAGAUAUAGAAACAGAAGAAGACAGGACGGUGCCAACAACAACAACACUGCCGGUGGGAGUGGAGGAGGAAGCCUCAUCGGGGGCAGCAGUGUAGGCAAUGUUUUCUUGAACAGAAACCACAACGGCAACGAUCUGAUGAAUAAUGGGGGGUUGCAGGUCCCUGAUGCGAUAUUUGAUCUAGGUAAGAAUAAAAGGGUCACGGUUAGACAGUUUAGAAAUAUCAAUUUGAUCGAUAUAAGGGAGUACUACCAAGACUCACAAACCGGGGAGUUGAGACCUGGGAAGAAAGGUAUUUCGUUAACUGAGGACCUGUACGAUGCCUUAUUAAAACAUAGAUUGAAUAUCGAUGAGGCGCUAAGAAGGUUUGGUUCUCGUAGACCAAGAACCAAAUUGGUUAGAUUGCUAUCUGAUGAUGAAUAUGACAGCAGUGACAGUGAUAGAAAUACUAAAGAAGAUAAUAAGGAUAAGAACAAAGAUAAGGAUAAGGAUAAAGAUAAGAAUAAGAAUAAGAAUAGAGACGGUGAUAUCAUUAUUGGCUAUGACAAUGAUGACGAUGGUGACAACACUGAUAACAAAGACAAAAAAGAUAAUAACAAUAACAACAACAGCAACAGCAACAGCAACAAUAAUAAAGACAGUAAUAAAGAUAGAAAAGAUAAUGGCAAUAGUAAGGGUAAAGAUGGUGGCAAGGAAAGAUUGAAGGAGUCUAGUUCCAACAAAAGAGAAAGAGAUUACAGUGAUUCAGAGAUAACAGAACAAAAGAAAAGAAAACCAGCAGCCGCCACCUUGUUGCCCUAUGAGGAAAGUAUUGAAAAUGCAAAGAGAGAGGCCAAUGCAACCCUUAUUAUUCCAGGUAUGGGUAAACAAAAGGAUGAACAAAAGGAUGAACAAAAGGAUGCUGACACUACAGAAAUUAAGAAUGAAUACGGUGAUAAAUCUGAAACCAAGACCACAGCAGAUACUGAAGAGAAAGCAGAACCUGUGCCAAAACUAGCUGCAACAGACAAAAAAGAUUCUACUGGUAAAAGCGAUGAUAACAACAACAACAACGAUUCAAGUGCAGAAGAAUUUGCAGAAAGUUUACAAGCAGAAAUGGACAAGAUGAUGGAUGAGAGUAGUGAAGAAGAGUGA